GUUGAUGCGCGAGCGCUGGGGCGCUGGGCGCCUGCGCAGAGCUCCAGGCGUCUCCCUGCUAGGCCCGGGUUAGAGGGAGGUGAGCUGGCGGCGGUCCCAUGGAGCGGAAGGGUGGUCCGGACGGUGCCCCGGAGGCUGAGCGGGAGGAGGGAGAGCCCGAGGUGAAGAAGCGGAGACUUUUGUGUGUGGAGUUUGCCUCGGUCGCGAGUUGCGACGCCGCCGUGGCUCAGUGCUACCUGGCCGAGAACGACUGGGAGAUAGAAAGAGCGCUGGACUCCUACUUCGAGCCGGCCGUGGAGGAGAGCGCUUUAAAAAGCCAUCUUGAAACCACCUGGGAGCCCGAGUUCUGUGUUGACCUAACCAAGGAAGAAACAAGUGAUUCCAUUAGUUCUAAAACCAGCACAUCUGAAAAUGUUCAGCAAGAAGAUGGCAGCAUGUUCUCUUUCAUUACCUGGAAUAUUGAUGGAUUGGACCUAAACAAUCUGCCAGAGAGGGCUCGAGGGGUGUGUUCCUAUUUAACUUUGUACAGCCCAGAUGUGGUAUUUCUACAGGAAGUUAUUCCCCCAUAUUCUGCCUACCUAAAGAAGAAAGCAAGUAGUUACGAGAUAAUUACAGGUCAUGAAAAAGGAUAUUUCACAGCUAUAAUGUUGAAGAAAUCGAGAUUGAAAUUUAAAAGCCAAGAGAUUAUUCCUUUUCCAGAUACAAAAAUGAUGAGAAACCUUUUGUGUGUGCAUGUGAGUGUGUCAGGAAAUGAACUUUGCCUUAUGACUUCUCAUUUGGAGAGCACCAGAGGGCAUGCUAAGGAACGAAUGAAUCAGUUGAAAAUAGUUUUAAAGAAAAUGCAAGAGGUUCCAGAGUCAGCUACAGUUAUAUUUGCAGGAGAUACAAAUUUAAGGGAUCAAGAAGUUACCAAAUGUGGUGGUUUACCCAACAACAUUGUGGAUGUCUGGGAGUUUUUGGGCAAACCUAAGCAUUGCCAGUAUACAUGGGAUACACAAGUGAACUCUAAUCUUGGAAUAGCUGCUACUUGUAAGCUUCGUUUUGAUCGAAUAUUUUUUAGAGCAGCAGCAGAAGGCGGCCACAUCGUUCCCCGAAGUUUGGACCUCCUUGGGUUGGAAAAGCUGCACUGUGGUAGAUUUCCUAGUGAUCACUGGGGGCUUCUGUGCAACUUAGAUGUAAUAUUGUGAACGGCUUUUCAAAUACGAGUUUUAAAUGUUCGGAGCAAUUUUGUUCUGUGUUUUUGCAAAUGUAAUUGCUACCUGUGUGGAAAGGUAGUUUAAUAUGGAGGAAUUAAUAUACUGGAUCAUUGUAACAAAAGAAAAAAACGCCUGUGAUUUUAUUUUGUGAAUUGUGUCCUCAGAUUUCAGAACUAAAUCUUAAUGUUUAUUUCAAUAAAAGCAUACCUGUGUUCAGAACAUGAGGCUCUUAAUGAAAGGUCACAAAGGCUAUCAGCUAUUACAAGCUCUGGCUCCUAAGAGUGCUCACAGCUGCUGGCUGGAUCUGCAUUUAAAUAGAUUGCAGCUGUCCUACAUCAGCCUUUUUGUCAGCUAACAGUGACUAAUUGGUAAGCUAGAAAUGAACUCAUGAUUUAAAAUCCCUUAAUUUUUAAAAAAUUCAUGUUUGUAGUUAUGUCACCAACAGAGGCAAAGUUAGGCUUGAUAAUGAUUAAAGUCACUUUUAUAGAGGCAUUGGACUUUUUUUCUAAGACAAGUAAAUGUGUAAAAAGAAUUAGCCUUUUAGUUUUGCUACUUGUAAAACUGAAUUUUUUUCAAGACGUGAAUGAGGAGCACUUCUACAUGUGCUUUAAGGAAAGAUUUUUUUCCCCAUAAGAGAAUGUACUUUAAAUAAAGAAUUCUGCUUGCUUAUA